AUGGCUGCAACCACAUGUGAACUAACUUGGCUAAGAUAUAUGUUGCAAGAUCUGCUUGUGAAUCAUUCUGAACCUGCAAAGUUAUUUUGUGAUAAUCAAGCUGCCUUGUAUAUUGCAGCAAAUCCAGUGUAUCAUGAACGAACUAAACAUAUUGAGCUGGAUUGUCAUACUAUUCGUGAAAGAAUAGAGAAAGGAGAGAUCAAGACAGGAUACGUGCAAACUGGGGAGCAGAUAGCAGAUAUAUUUACCAAGCCACUGAAGGCACCCAUCUUCAGUUCGCUUCUUGGCAAGUUGAGCAUUAGUGAUAUCCACUCUCCAACUUAA